AUGGAACGAGGCUCUUUGUCGGAAUUAGCCCUUUUGGAGUUAGAAAUCUACAGGAAGAUGAUUGAAUGUGAGGAGAAGAGAUGGGGAAAGCGAGAAGUAAACAGGACGCAGGAAUUAGUCAAGAUACAAGAGUCAUACGCUCAAAUCAAGAAGCAUAAGACGUAUACCGGCGAUAUCCGCAUCAAGGAUUGUGACGAGCAUGGCAAUUUUGUGGUCAUUGAAAAUGCCGGUCGCGAUGAUCGUCGUUUGAGCGGAUUUCGCAUCAGCAGGAUCAUAGACCGUGAAGAACGAUCGUUCACAUUCCCAGCCCUCUUCACGCUGGGCCCUAGAGAAACUGUUCAGGUAUCAGCAAUUGGCUCUAGCCCUGAUAGAGACAACUAUACCCAUCACCUCGUAUACGAAAAUGACACCACUUGGGGCACCAGCGCUGCCUUUGUCACCCGCCUAUUCAACCCCCAAGGCGAAGAAGUUGCAUUUUUUGAAGUACGACCAGCGAGUUAA